UCCUGGCAGGGUCUAUAAAGAGGUCUGGUACAGCAUGGCAUCUGUUCUGGUCUGAACUUAACACAGUUACAAUGUCCAAGAUCAUCUUCUACGAAGACAGAAACUUUCAGGGUCGUCACUAUGAGUGCAGUGGUGACUGUUCCGAGAUGCAAACCUACUUCACCCGCUGUAACUCCAUAAAAGUGGAGAGUGGUUGUUGGGUCGCCUACGAGAAGCCAAACUUUGGUGGCUACCAGUACAUGCUGUUCAAGGGCGAGUAUCCUGACUACCAACGCUGGUCAGGCUUCAAUGACUGUAUCCGCUCCUGCCGUAUGGUGCCAAAUUACGACGGGAAUUACAAGGUGAAGAUCUUUGAGCGCCCUGACUUUGUGGGCCAGAGUAUGGAGCUAAAUGAAGACUGCCCAGAUCUGCAGGAGCUUUUCCACACCCGUAACAUCGCCUCUCUCAAUGUCAUGGAGGGCUACUGGAUGCUGUAUGAACAUCCCCAUUACAGGGGGCGCCAGUACUUCUUGCGUACUGGAGAGUACAGGAGGUACAUGGAUUGGGGAAGCACCAGUCCCAUCUUCGGCUCUCUGAGACGUGUCACUGAGCUCAAGUGAUUUCCAGCUUUUCUUUACCCGUAUUGAGCCUCACUGUAAGGCUUUCCACUCUCUCGUUUCCCUAAUGUCAGCAGUUUGAGUGUGGUCUCAACACUGUGGUGUCAAAAGCUGAAAUCACACCUUUUUAAUGAUGGGGGUUUUGGUGCAGCUGAUGUUGGGUUCUGGUUUUGUUGGAUUGCUGUGCAUUGUUGGGUAAAGUUCCUCCCCAACUCAGUGCUCAAGUAAUGUUCACAUUUUUUUUUUUUUUUGCUUUGGUCGUCCCAUAGCAAAAUGGUUUGCCCUGCCAGUCCCCAACCUCCUGUCCUGCUGGAAUAACAAUAAACGAAAACUUGA